AUGCGGGGCUUCGACCUCUCCCUCGUGGCGCUCGCCGCAGCCGCGCUCUGCUGGCUCAGCUCCGCGCUGCGCCUGAACGUGAACAUGGAGGCGUUCCUGGUGGGGCUGGCGUUCCCCAGCGAGGGCCGGGUGUCCAGGCUACUGGUGAGCAAGACCAACUUCGUGCUCAGCUCCUUCGUGCUGCCGCUCUACGUCGCCCACGUCUGCCUGUCGCUGCGCCAGACCACGGACGACAUCGAGGCGGCGGGGCUCACGCGGGACGACGGCUUCCGGGCCUACGUCAUGGAGCUUCCGUUCCCGUGGUGGAAGGUCUUCUUCGUCACCGUCAUGGGGACCCUCGGGAAGCUCACCGGGUGCGCGGCGGCGGGACUCCUCCGAAGUCUGGGGAUUCUGGAGGCGCUGGCGCUGGGGAUGCUGCUCAACGUGAAGGGGUACUUCCACCUCUACUGCGCCCAGGCGGCGUUCGACGCCGGCAUCAUCACGGACAAGUCGUUCAUGGCCAUCAUCUUCAUGGUGGCGCUCAACGUGGCGGUGACGCCCAUGGUCGGGAUGGGCAUCGCGUCGUGGGCGCGGCGGAGCGUGCAGUGGCGGCUCAUGGGGCUGCAGCACCACGACCCGUCCACGGAGCUGCGCCUCGUGGUGGGGCUGCACGGCCCGCAGGACGUGCCGACGCUGUCCUACAUCAUGGAGGCGCUGCGGUGGGGCGGCGGCGCGGGAGGAGGCGGCGAGCUCGCCGUGUACGCCGUGGACAUGGUGCAGAUGACGGACCAGACGGCGGCGGCCAUCGUGAAGGGCGGCGGAUUCGACGGCGUGACCGUGGUGGACGAGGAGGUGUCGGAGAUGCGGAAGCUCAUCGGCGAGGCGCUGGACGCGUACCAGGUGGAGUGCGGCGACGGCGCCAAGGUGAAGGUGCGGCGGCUGCUGGCUCUGUCGUCGUUCCCGGACAUGCACAGCGACAUGUGCAUCUGCGCGGAGGACGCGAUGGCGGCGCUGGUGCUGCUCCCGUUCCACAAGGCGCAGCGGGCGGACGGCAGCAUGGAGCCGGGCCACCACGGCUUCCGGGUGGUCAACCAGAAGGUGCUGCAGCUGGCGCCGUGCUCGGUGGGGGUGGUGGUGGACCGAGGCCUCGGUGGGACGCAUGCAUCCGUCGUCAGCACCAGCUCCCAGUCCCAGCAAUCCCAGACACAGCAGACCCAGACGGCGGCCGUGGUGGUUGUGUUCAUCGGCGGCGCGGACGACCGCGAGGCCCUGACGCUGGCGUCCCUGAUGUCGAAGCACCCGGGCGUGCGUCUGACGGCGCUGCGCGUGGUGCAGAACGCGACGGCGCAGGCGCGCGCCAGGGCCCGGACGAGCCUGUUCGAGAGCAAGGGCAGCCGGCCCGGCGGCGGCGGCGGCAUGAUGGGCGCCCCGGCGUCGUCGGCGCUGGGGCAGGAGGAGGCGCAGAUGGAGGUGGACGACAAGUUCUUCGCGGAGUUCUACCGAAAGCACGUGGCCGGGAGCAAGCAGCCGGGCGCCGCCGUGGCCGCCAUCGGGUACCUGGAGAAGCACGUGGCGGACGGGGCGGAGCUGGUGGCGGUGCUCCGGGGCAUGCAGGCGGAUUACCGGCUCUUCAUCGUGGGGCGCGGCAGGGACCGCAGCUCGGUGCUGACGGAGGGGCUGGACGAGUGGGCCGAGUGCCUGGAGCUGGGCCCCGUCGGCGAUAUCCUCGCGUCCUCCGACUUCUCCACCACCGCCUCCGUGCUCAUCGUGCAGCAGUACGACGCCAAGAAGCACUACAAGGUCAUCGACGAGGAGUUCAUGCCCUUGUAG